AUGGAUGAUAUUGGUUGGAACGAUGUCGGUUACCAUAAUUCGUCCAUUUACACGCCAAAUAUAGAUGCAAUUGUCAACGACGGGGUGAGGUUGGAGAAUUAUUACGUUGGCAUGGUGUGUACACCAACGAGGGGAAUGUUCUUAACUGGCAAGCACAUGAGAUUUGAAAUAAACUGGAUGGUUCCCAAUUUUUAUAUAUAUGUUAUUCCAAAGCCAUUGAUGGUCUAUUAUAUUAGUGAGUCAGGGGAACUUGUGCAAAUGCUGCCCAUUCAAGGCAGAUAUCCAGAAAGAAUGGCGAGACUUUCAGUUCUUGUACAUCGUAAGUGCAAAGAAAAAAUAAACCUGCAACUACAAGAUGGGAUUAUUGGCGGACAUGAACCAAAAUGUCUUCCGGUAAAUGAAGUAACGGUAGCUCAAAAACUGAAAGAAUACAACUAUGUUACACACGCUAUCGGCAAAUGGCACCUUGGUUACUACAAAGAAGCGUGUCUUCCCAUUAAUCGAGGAUUUGAUUCAUUUUUUGGUAAAUAUUUACAUAUUGUAUGGUGCGUUCUCAUUGGGCGAUCGUCAGGCGAUAAGUGGACAGUGCUUGAGCCGAUGUUUAUGUACCUGGCAUUCCAAGCUGCCCAUGUACCACUACAGGCACCUGACGAAUACGUUAAAAUGUAUUCUAACAUCGAAGAUCCUGAUAGACGUAAUUAUGCCGCCAUGGUUACAUGUAUGGACGACGCUAUAGGUAGCGUAGUGGACCAACUAAAACUAUCAGGUCUAUGGGAUAAUACAAUUUUGGUGGUAUCCACGGGUUCCUAUGGCAGAGAUAUUAUGCCAUAUCUUAAAUUCAAAAACCAUCCAUCUAUGAGGGACAAUGUACUCAUAAAUUUGGUUCCAGAAACAAUGCUGAAGAAUGUAAAAGCAGAAGAUCCUUGGUUGAAGAAUGACCAUUUUGAUGUGAAAAUAAAGGCAGCAGUUCGUGUUGGUAAUUGGAAAUUACUAACAGGUCAACAAGCUCCUGAAAUUUGGUACGCUGCGCCUGAAAGUGACCAACUUACACGUCAUGGAAGUGAUGAUCGAAUUGUACGUCUAUACAACAUCGCUGAAGACCCAACUGAAUCGAAUAAUCUGGCUGACUCGAGACCAGCUAAAGUACUAGAAUGCCUGAAGAAGUUAGAGGAAUACCGUUCGAAAGUGUUGCCAAUUUUAGAUACGCCCUCAAUUAGUGAUAAAAUAGCAGAGCGUCUCAUGCCUAAUCACGUACUGGCACCAUGGGAUAGGCAUAAUAAAAAAAUGCACUUUUAA